CAGGGGGUGCUUGGCGCUCGUCGGGCUCCUCCCCGUCUCCUGCGGCCUCCGAGCUCGGCGUUAUCCUGUGGCCUUCCGCAGAAUGUGGAUGACGCCCAAGAGGAUUAGGAUGGAAGUGGACGAGGCUCUGGUGUUCCGGCCCGAGUGGACCCAGCGUUACUUGGUGGUGGAGCCUGCGGAGGGCGACGGGGCCCUGUGCCUGGUGUGUCGCCGCCUGGUCGCCUCUACUCGGGAACGCGACGUGAGGCGCCACUACGAGGCCGAGCACGAGUUCUACGAGCGGUUCGUAGGGGACGAGGAGCGCGCGGCCCUGGUGGAGCGGCUGCGGCAGGGCGACAUGUCAUUGGCCGCCGUGCUCACUCCGGAGGAGAGAGCGACGCGAGCAGGCCUCGGCCUCUGCCGCUUCUUGGCCUUGAAGGGUCGCGGCUGGGCCGAGGGAGACUUCGUACACCAGUGCAUGGAGGUGUUGCUGAGGGAGGUGCUGCCGGAUCACGUCGGCGUCCUGGAAGGCAUUGAUUUGUCUCCGGAGAUCACGCGGCAGAGGAUUCUGAGCAUUGACAGCAAUCUCCGUAGCCAGCUCUUUAAUCGAGCCAGGGACUUUAAGGCCUAUUCUCUUGCCUUGGAUGACCAGGCUUUUGUGGCCUAUGAGAACUACCUCCUGGUCUUCAUCCGUGGCGUUGGCCGCGACCUGGAGGUGCAAGAAGAUCUUCUGACGAUUAUCAACCUGACUCAUCACUUCAGUGUUGGGGCUCUCAUGUCGGCAAUUCUGGAGGCCCUGCAGACAGCGGGACUCAGCUUACAGCGAAUGGUUGGAUUGACCACGACCCACACUUUAAGGAUGAUUGGUGAGAACUCGGGACUGGUCUCCUAUAUGAGAGAAAAGGCUGUGAGCCCCAACUGUUGGAACGUUAUCCACUAUUCGGGAUUCCUUCACUUGGAACUCUUGAGUUCUUACGAUGUUGAUAUUAAUCAGAUCAUAAAUACCAUAUCCGAAUGGGUAGUUAUGAUUAAGACCAGAGGUGUUAGGCGACCGGAGUUUCAGUCUUUACUAACUGAAUCAGAAUCAGAGCAUGGUGAAAGAGUUAAUGGACGGUGUUUGAACAACUGGCUGAGAAGAGGCAAAACGUUAAAACUAAUAUUUUCACUAAGAAAAGAAAUAGAGGCCUUCUUGGUUUCGGUGGGGGCAACAACAGUCCACUUCUCAGACAAGCAGUGGCUUUGUGAUUUUGGCUUCUUGGUGGACAUUAUGGACUAUCUCCGAGAGAUCAGUGAAGAACUCCAGAUGAGUAAAGUGUUUGCUGCUGCCGCCUUUGAACGCAUCUGCACCUUUGAGGAUAAGCUGAGUUCACUUCAGAGACAGAUGGAGGAAGUAAAUCUAACAGACUUUCCUGCCUUCAGCAUCAUUGUUGAUGAGCUUAGGCAGCAGUUUAAGGAAGAUCAAAAAAUAUUUGAUCCGGACAGGUAUCAAAUGGUGAUCUCCCGCCUACAAAAAGAUUUCGAGAGACAUUUUAAGGACCUCAGGUUCAUUAAAAAGGACUUAGAACUUUUCUCUAAUCCGUUUAGCUUUAAACCUGAAUAUGCGCCCAUUUCAGUAAGAGUGGAGCUAACAAAACUUCAGGGGAACACUGACCUGUGGAAUGAAUACAGAGUCAAAGACUUGGGACAGUUUUAUGCUGGGCUGUCUGGUGAAGCUUACCCAAUUAUCAAAGGGGUGGCCUAUAAGGUGGCCUCCUUGUUUGAUAGUAACCAAAUCUGUGAUAAGGCCUUUGCAUAUUUAACGCGAAACCAGCACACAUUGAGCCAGCCACUGACGGAUGAGCACCUCCAAGCACUAUUUCGAAUUGCCACAACUGAAAUGGAUCCUCGCUGGGAUGAUCUUGUGAGAGAAAGAAAUGAUUCGUAAGCCUUUGUAGGACAAGAAGAAUUCGACCUGAGGAGGGAAAGUUAGAUUUUCUUUCGCCUUUAUUAAUUUGGAUGGUCGGGAAGCAUUGAACUUAUUACAGAUGUCCAAAUUGAUAAACAUUGAAAUCUUUCUGACAAGUUGCCUUUCCCCAUCUCAUUUGGCAACAUGGGACUAAAACCUUUAAAAAGCUUAUUUUAAUGGAAAAGUCAUUGCCUUUUACUUUUAUGUUGUAACUGGUUUUCAGCAAGUUUGGUAUUGGUAUUGUAAGUUGAACUAGAAGUCUGGUUUUAAGAUGUUCUGAAGAUACAUGCCAAAAGUUUCAGCUCUUACUUUGACACAAUGUAAAAAGUAUGAUACAUGGUUUGAAAUUACCAACUCUUUAAAAGCGUCUUUCAGUCAGUUUACAGAAACUCAUAUAUCAAAUAGGUUUCUGAAAAGGAAAAACAUACACAGUGGAGAUAUUCUGUCUAGCUAACAGAAUUUAAGAUUUUUUUUAAACAUUCUGAGUCAGAAGUAAAUACUGGCAGUUUCAGCCCCACCCCCAACAACCUAGUUGAUGGUGAAAUUAUGGAUGGAGGAAAAAAAUAGAAAAUUUGGUUGGAGCAGCAAGAAUUAUUUUAAGAUUCUGAUGUAGGAGGCUUCUUACAAUCAGGAAUUAAGAAUAACUGAUUAUUGAUGGUUUGCUCCUUAUUUUUUCACAACUAGGGGCAAUUUUUUUCAGCUAUCAGAGGACCAUGGUAAGUAUGGAAUCUUAACCAUUGCCAAUCAGUAAUUCUUUUUUCUACUCUAGACAGAACUUUGGCCCUAUCAAAACAGUAAGGCGGGGGAGACUUUUACGAGAGGUUUUAGCUUGUUUAUCUGCUAGUAAAUCUAUUAGUGUUUUAUAAUGAAACUAUACUUAAGAUAGACACCUGAUUUUGAAACGAUGGGUGUCAGGUUUUGUUAGUUUCUGGUAAUAGAUUUCCUCUAGAAUUUAGAACUGUCUUACACAUUUAAUAGUUAAGACAGUGCUCAAGUAAGAACAUUUAAAUCUCAAGAAGCCGCUUAUCCACAGACUGUAAUAAUUCUUAUUUCCAGAGACGUUGGUUUUGUUCUAUAACGUUAUCACACAUAUUAACUGUGGAAGAGUCAACCUUACGGUUUAGCUCAAGAUGGAAACCUGAUCUCAAAGCAGCACCUAAUUUGUAACUCCGCCCUCAAGUACAGUUUAAAAGUUGUUGUGCUACUUUCUGUUCUAAAUAUUGUUGCACAUUCAAGGAACCUGAUUACAGUUAAGAAUUUAGAAGGAACUGAUGCCUAAGCCACACGAGCCUAAAAACCAAAGUUAGAUCAGUGGUUCUCAACCAAAGGUAGAAACCCUGGCUCCCAGAGAGUGCUGGGAAGUAUGUAGGGGCACCUUGGUAAUGAUCUUAUUUCCUGGAGGGUUCUGGCAUGUAAGCUUAAACAUUUCUCCUUCCUGCGGUGUUCAGACAGAGUGCCAGCACCCUCCACCCAAGUGUACAUUGUCUUAUUUCAAGGGACAGGGAAGUCUUCAGUAGAAGCUGAUGGUGCCCUGGAUAGGGAAGCGAGGAACAGGUUGACAGUUUGCUUAUCAAAGAAUAUGCUUAAAAGCCUGGGAAACAGAUGGAGUCUGCUAGUUGUUUCCCAGUAGCUUUGUGUAUUACCUUUCACAGCAACUAUUUCAGAUACUUUUACUAUUUGAGAGAAUGAUUGGAAGUCCUGAAAGCUGCUGCUUUCAAUUUCUAGUCUCCUAAACAUUAAUAUCUUAUGUAUUCAAGUUCUCAGCGGUUUGCUUAAGGUGAUAAUAAAAUUAGUUUGCAUCAUGUAACCACUGUGUGAGUAUGGGGGAGAUAUAAAUAAGCUAAGGAUUUUUUAAUUGACCCUCAGCAAUAGUUUGCUGUGACUAGUCUUGUUUGUUUAAGCAGUGGUUCUCAACCUUCAUAAUGCUGUGGCCUUUUUGUACAGCUCCUCAUUUUUUGGUGGCUCCCAACCAUAAAAUUAUUUUGUUGUUACUUCAUAACUAUAAUUUUGCUACUGUUAUAAAUCGUAAUGUAAAUAUCUGAUAUCCGAGCCCCUAUAGUCAUGACCCAUAGGUUGAGAACUGCUGGCUUAAGGUGUUUUGCUGUUUUCUGUAUUUCUGUAAAUAACUGUAGCUGCAUGGCUGUCUUUUUCUUUCUUUUUCCUUUUUAAAUAUAUAGUUGUUACUGGUCCUGUGGUUUCAGUGAAUAUAGUUAAAAUAAGUGCCAUUUAAGAACAAACUAAAAAACAACAACUCUUGUGUCCUUAACUGUUCCUUCCAUUUCUCUCAUUCCCACUAGUUCAAAUGUAUGUUUGUCCAGCCUCCCAUAUAACCUUCCAGCCAGAUCACUCACUUUCAGUGUCUUCAGUCUUUUUUCCCUCCUGGAAAUGAUCUUAGCAUUGCCCAGACGCCAGCUCCAGUGAGAGCAGUCAGCCCUUCCUAAAGUAUGCCUGCCCUGUUGCGUUCUUUGCUUUUUAGCCUUCCCAUUCGCCCUUGCUUCAUUUCCCUACACUACUUCCUUAGUUGCUCUCUUUCUAUGACUUCAUUUACCACCUGUAUGCUCAUAUUUCUAAAUUCUUAUCCCCUCCAUUUCCCACUUAAUCCUAGUUACCGAUAUCCCUGACACUGCUCUCUCACAGGCCUCACAACACAUUUUGGCUCUUUCUCCCAAACCUGCUCUUCCCCAGUUUUUCCUUCAGCAGAUGGCUUUACAGUUGCCCUCACCCAAGCCAGAAACUGAAUCAACUCACUCCACUGCUUUCACCAUUGCUGUCAGAAUAGAUAGAAUACGAACUUCUGUUCAUCUUGCAGAUCUUGGUUUAUAGAUAUCUGAGAAGCUUCAGUGGUGCCCUCUCGGCCGGGUGCCCAGCUACACGUGCUGAACAUCCUUGUCCUUUCUACUUAGUGUUUCUUACUGUGUUUUGGUCAUUGCUAAACUGGAACAGUGAAGUCUAACACAUUGGUUCAUCUCUAAUGAAUAGUGCAAUGCCUGGCAUUUGAAUAAAUGCUUAGGCAAAUAAAUACUUUUGUGUGUGUUUUUUUAAUGAGCUUUGAAACCUUCACAGCCUUCAUUUGACCUUUACAGACAUCCUGCCUGUUCACUGACUAGUUCUUAGCCAUGUAUUAAAAAUUAAGAAAUUAAACUCACCUUAUUUGUGAGUAGGAACUUCAUUAUUGUUUCUUGAAUUUAGUGCAGUGCUCAGCAUGUGGUUCAAAUACUAUGUGAAUGUUGUUAAGAAAACAGAUUGUAAUUUACUGUAGUAAAUUAGUAAUGUCAAGAUUCAAACCUAGGUGUACUAUCAAAUCUACUUCAUAGUGUUAAGUAUAUCCAUAAGACAGAGUCUUUUUAUUUAUUUAUUUAUUUUAAAUUUCCAAAGGAACCUACAUACAGAGGGGAAAGAUUGGAUAACUGCUUAGAUUGAACUGCGUUCAGUAAGCUAAAAAUUACCUUCAGUAUUGGAGAAGGACAAUGCUGCAAAGACUUAAUAUCCAUUUUUCCUUUUGUAGGCAUCAACCCUAGGAGAAAAUGGCAUGCUAUUUAGUAGUUACUUUCCUUUACAGAUGGUUUCUGGCUCUUCUGGAAUUUAAAAGUAAGUAAACCUAUUUAUGAGAAGGAUGUCUUAGCCCUUGACUACAAGAUCCUCAGCUCAUUAUUUUUCUUACAUGUGGAGUGCCCAUAUCAUCUCCCAAGGAGAAAACCCUAGAUGAAAUCCAUUUAACAGGGACUCUUUUUAGAUUUGCUGUAUUUCCUGGCUUUCUGACUUAAGACUGAAAAGUCUCAGUUACCUAGAAAUGAAAUUCAGAGGCAUGAAACAAGAAAGCCAGACUUUUAAUCUCUUUCAUUAAGCCAUUUUGCCCAAUUUAAGAGAUGAGCUAGUAUCUUUCUCUUAGUUGGACUUUGAGUUUUAGGAAGUCACAUUAACUUAAUUCACUCUGAGGUCUUGGUAGGAGAUACAGCAGUACAGAGAUUGAUCCUUGUUGCAAAACUAGGUUUCCAUCAACCUUUGGGUUAAAGAGUUUCUCAUUUUUAUCUUGUAUUUGAAAAGUUGCUUCUUCCUACACCGUAAGUACUUUAUAAACAUGCUAUCAUUUCUGCCUUGAAACUGAUCCAAUACUCAGUUCAUGUCCUAUACAUUUUGUCAAAUGCAGCCAACAGCCACCAAUACCACAAAAUAAUUUUUUCUUCUUUAAUAAAAGGUAGAUGUCUUGUCUCCCAGGUCAUCUCAAGGGGUACCCCUGGGUAGUUACUUUUCUAUCUUCCAGUAGCAAUCUUUCUGAAUGCCUCCCAACUGAUCACUAAAUGACAUGUUUAGUCUUUUAGUUCUUCUGGAUUAGGAUUGGUGAGGUUGCUAUGAGGUCCAUUAACUAUGAAAGUUUAGUGUCUCAACAACUUGUCUGUGGCACUUGUCACAUGGGGAGGGGCUGGUAGACUACAGCCGAGUCUGUCCUGAGGAAGGGUUUUGGGAAUACAGCCAUGUCCACUGUGGACUGUCAUGGCUGCUUCCCUCUACACUUGCAGAGUUGACUAGUUAAGACAUUGGGUGUGACACAAGCUGAAAUACUUCACAGAAAAGUUCACUAAUUCCUGCUUCAAAUUGCCCCUGUCCUGUUGCUCAGGACAAAGCAGAUACUCAUUAGGAGUUGACUGCUCACUUUGGGAAGUGAGAAGAGAAAGUUUGGCAGAUAACAGAGGCUCUGAAAGCCCACAGCCACACCAGAGUUGAAGGAGAAGUGCAAUCCAGCCAUACAGCUGGGAGGAAAAUGAACUUUUUGGAAGAUAACACUACUGGUUAUGGUAGUUCUGUUCCCCUAGUUAUGCCUGUGCUUUUCAUUGAGAUAAAAGUUUACAAAUAUUAAGUGUCCACCUCAGUGGAUUUUUAUAAUCGCCUGUGAAUGCACCAAUCAGAUCAAGGUAUAAAGAUUUCUGUUCCUCCAGUAGGUGCCCUUUGCCUCUCACACCGAGAGAGAUGUUGGUCUGACCCUUAUCGCCGGUCAGUUAGUUUUUGCCUGUUUUAAAUCUAUAUCAAGUGGAAUUAUAUACAUUUUUUGUAUCUUUUGUUCUCUCCAAGUCUGCUAUAGUAAUCCGUGUUGUGGACUAUAAGCGUUCACUUCUCACUUCUGUGUCAUAGUCCAUUCGUUGUACCAGUUUACCCAUUCAAUGUUGAUGAGUAUUUGGAUUGUUUCUAAUUUGUGGUCAUUAUGAAUAAAGUUGCUAUUAAAAGCCUG